AACAAGUAGCAAACGGAAAUAAAUGUCUGUUCGAGGAAGCUACAUAAUAAACUACAAAGGGAUGCUAAUAUGUAAACAGGACAAAGCAGCUGCUGUCAGUUUAUCGACAUUUGUCAUGAACGGACAACGACUCACACGGUUCACUUGGAGCUAACAGUUGUAAUAUAUCUGAGACUUACCAGCUGGUGUGUUAAUGAACAGUGAUGGAGUUGUCUCAGAGGGAGCGGCUGUCAGAGCUGGUGGAGCAGCUGACCACAUCAGGACAGCCACAGCUCAACCAGGACAAGAUGAAGGAAAUCAAGAAGAUCUGCAGAGUGUCUAAUGACUGCGUAGACCACCUGUACCACUUAGUGAUGAACCAGCUCAACCAAGAACAUUGUGAGAUACGACUGUCAGCCUUCCAGAUAGCCAGUGAGCUCUUCUCCAGGUCACACCACUUCAGGACGCUGCUGGUAGACAACUUCCAGGAGUUCUUGGAGCUGACAGUGGAGACUGACUCAGAGCAGCCCCUCCCUCCUCCUAAAGAAGUAGCCAGGAAGCUGAGGUCCCUGGCCAUCCAGACUGUCCAGUCAUGGCAGGCCUCUUAUGGGACUUCGUAUAAGAAGUUGGCACUGGGCUACCACUUCCUCAAACAGGUUAAGAAGGUGGAUUUCCAGGAUGCUGAGGCCAGGACGGUAGCAGAGAGGAGGAGGGAGGAGGAGAGACAAAGGAGAAUGGAGAGGAUCUACAAGGAGAGAGUGGAGGCAGCUUCCAGAGACAUGGAGGAGUCGUACCAGGAAAUUGAGGCGACGCUGACAGAGAUGGAAUCCUGUAUGAAUCUGCUUUUCCCUGAGUUCAGCCUCAUAGACAUCCAGCCAGUCAACGGCUGUUCUUCAAACUCCCAGCCAACCAACGGAUGUCCGUCAGAUGAUGAACAGCCCUGCUGCAGCAAGGACGUGAGGGAUAACAGGAAAGGGGAGGAGAGCAGGGAAGAAAAGAGAACAGGAGAGGUGGGAGAAGAAGACAAAGGAAUGCAAGAGACUAGGAAAGAUCAGGGGGAGGGAAAGGAGGAAGAGGAGGAAGAAGACAUGGAAGAGGAGGAGGGAAGUAGUGAAGACAAGGAAGAGGAGCGGUUUGAUGGAGACAUGUUCAUUCGGAACUCAGGGCUCAUCUCUCACUCCUACAGUCUGGACCUGAACAUCAGUCCUGGUCUUCAGGUGAAGGAAACGGAGGAUAACGAGGCAGUGGUUUCCACAGUGAGAGACCUCCAUAGACUGAUAACAACCAAACACCUGCCAGCUGUGCAGGGCUGGGUUCAGGUCUUCACCAAGGCAGGUGCAGAGGAGCAGCUGGUGAGGAGAGCACUGGAUCUGAAGAGAUCUUUAGAAGCUGCACUGCAAAAACACGAAGAGCUUCACAUUGACUAUAAGACCAGGGUGCGAAAAGUGAUGAAGGCUUCUUCAAAUGGAGAGGAAGAUGAUGAUGAUGACGAUGGCGACGAUGAUUUCGAUGACGUUCCAGAGAAAGAAGGAUAUGAGCCACACAUUCCAGAGCAUUUACGAGCUGAGUACGGUUUGGAUCCCUCUCCUUCCACCUCAGCAGCACCUGUCACAAGGAAACCUCCUGCUAAACGACCUGCAGCUCCACCCCCUCGUUCUUCCUCCUCCUCCUCCUCCUCUACUUCCAGGCGUCUGAAGCGGAUCAUAGAAGAGGAGCAGGAUCCAACCUGUGCAGCUGCAACACUGCGCCUCAUCAGACAGAACCUCCCUCUGCCUGCAGAGUCCAGCAGCAGCAGCUCCUCAGACCCCGCUUCAUCUCAAUCCAGUUCAGACCAGAAGCCUGCUGAUGCUCCUGUGGUCCCAUUUGGUUUGGACCUGUACUACUGGGGCCAGGAGCAGCCCAAUGCUGGCAAGAUCAUCAAGGCGGCCUCUCAGCAUCAGUUCUGGGUUCCCAUCGAGGUGGAGGAAGAGGUGGAGAAUGAGCAGUUGCUGGCAGAGAGCAAGAGCAGAUACAUCUCCUUCCCUGGAAGAUUCACUCCUGUCAGCCAUUACUGUAGAGCUCCACUAGGCAACGGAAAGCUGUGUCAGAGACAGGAUCGGCUCAAGUGUCCUUUCCAUGGCCAGAUCGUUCCUCGAGACCAGGAGGGUCGACCCUGCAGGCAGGAGGACCGACUGAGGGAGGAGCAGGAGGAGAGGAGGAAGAGGGAGGAGCAGCCUGACUGGCGUGAUGCAGAGCUGAUGCGAGACAUUGAGGCGGCAACAGGAGAAAACCUGGGUUCUGACAGAGUGGGUAAAAAAGGAAAAGGGAAGAAGAAGAAGUUCCCCAACCUCAGUGAUCUGAAGCAGAGCGCCAACACGUCCCGCUGCAGGCUCGAGAAGAAAGUCUUCAACAAGAGCGCCAUGCGCAGAGUAGCUCAGGUGAUGGCUAAAGCUGACAGAAGAAAACACGACAAGUUCUCCAACCAGUUCAACUACUCUCUCAACUGACCUCCAAGCCAGUUCAAUAUGCCUUUAACUGAAUGACAUGGACUGAGUGCUUCUCUGUGACUAUGAACAGACUUUUAUUGUACUCACUGAAAGACUGAUAGAAAUAUACUGAUGUGCAUGUGCUGUAUAUGAAUCUGGUUAGCAGGUAAAUAGACUGAUUUAUGAAGGAAAUAAUAUUUAAAACACUAUGUGUUUGAACACUGUAAUGCUGGAAUGAUUUGACUUGUGUUUGAUAACCUUUUUAUGAGCUUUUUAACUGCUUAAAGGAAUAUGGUUGUUACUCAGAUGUAUCACAUUUAUGAAAAAUGAUCAAGUAUGACAAAAUGAAAAUGAUCAUUAAAGUUAUAUUUAAUAAUAACUGAACAGAUGGUUCAGUUUCAUUUUGCCUUUGUAUCUGCCAAUGUUCAUUUUGUGUAACUGACUGAAUUUCUACUUCUUUUUUCUGCUGUUGUCUAGUUGAAUUUCUAGCUGAUGUUUCUAAGUGUUUGGGGUUUCUGGGGGAUGAAGUCAUGUGAUGAUUUGUAGUGUAGUAGUAAAGUGGAAGUCUCUGUCCUCA